AUGACUGACUACUGCCUCCACAUGGCCGACUACUGCCUCCAAAUGGCCGAGUACUGCCUCUUCAGCACCAACUACUGCCUCUACAAAACCGACUACUACCUCUACAACACCGACUACUGCCUCUACAACACCGACUACUGCCUCUACAAUACCGACUACUGCCUCUACAAGACUGACUACUGCCUUUUCAACAACGACUACUGCCUUUUCAACACCGACUACUGCCUCUACAAAACCGAAUACUGCCUCUACAAGACAGACUACUGCCUCUACAACACCGACUUCUACCUCUACAUGACUGACUACUGCCUCCACAUGGCCGACUACUGCCUCCAAAUGGCCGAGUACUGCCUCUUCAGCACCAACUACUGCCUCUACAAAACCGACUACUGCCUCUACAACACCGACUACUGCCUCUACAACACCGACUACUGCCUCUACAAUACCGACUACUGCCUCUACAACACCGAUUACUGCCUCUACAUGACUGACUACUACCUCUACAACACCGACUACUGCCUCUACAACACCGACUACUGCCUUUUCAACAACGACUACUGCCUUUUCAACACCGACUACUGCCUCUACAAAACCGACUACUGCCUCUACAAGACAGACUACUGCCUCUACAACACCGACUACUACCUCUACAUGACUGACUACUGCCUCCACAUGGCCGACUACUGCCUCCAAAUGGCCGAGUACUGCCUCUUCAGCACCAACUACUGCCUCUACAAAACCGACUACUGCCUCUACAACACUGACUACUGCCUCUACAACACCGACUACUGCCUCUACAAUACCGACUACUGCCUCUACAAGACUGACUACUGCCUUUUCAACAACGACUACUGCCUUUUCAACACCGAAUACUGCCUCUACAAAACCGAAUACUGCCUCUACAAGACCGACUACUGCCUCUACAACACCGACUACUACCUCUACAUGACUGACUACUGCCUCCACAUGGCCGACUACUGCCUCCAAAUGGCCGAGUACUGCCUCUUCAGCACCAUCUACUGCCUCUACAAAACCGACUACUGCCUCUACAACACCGACUCCUGCCUCUACAACACCGACUACUGCCUCUACAAUACCGACUACUGCCUCUACAAGACUGACUACUGCCUUUUCAACAACGACUACUGCCUUUUCAACACCGACUACUGCCUCUACAAAACCGACUACUGCCUCUACAAGACCGACUACUGCCUCUACAACACCGACUACUACCUCUACAUGACUGACUACUGCCUCUACAACACCGACUACUGCCUCUACAUGACUGACUACUGCCUCUACAAGACCGACGACUGCCUCUACAACACCAACUACUACCUCUACAUGACUGACUACUGCCUUUUCAACACCGACUACUGCCUCUACAACACCGACUACUGCCUCUACAACACCGGCUACUACCUCUACAACACCAACUACCGCAUCUACAACAGCGACUACUGCCUCUACAACACCGACUACUGCCUCUACAACACCAACUACUGCCACUAUACCGAAUGCUUCAUCUCCGUGUGUCUUUGUGUGUGA